CCCAUUGGGUUGUCUUGGCAAAGAAGGAAACAAGACCCAUUUGGGCUUCUUGCGUUGCUUACAAAAACUCAAUUUGUAAACGUUUUCCGAGUUGUUUAUUGUGGUGAUUCAAAUGAUUCAACCCACCAUUUGGGUCGUCUUGGAAACGAAAUGAAAGGAAGAAGACCCAUUUGAGCUUCUUUCUUCAUUCACAGAAAUUCAAUUUAGAUUGCCAUUAUAUACUCUGUUGAUGAGCUUGGUUUUGACAUUUUUAGGUGUUGGAAUCUGAAUGACGCAUGCGAUGAUGAAAAUAGACUGACAAUAUCUGUUACCUUUUAGCUAUUUACUAAUAUUUUGGAACCAAUGGGUUGGAGAUUAUGAAUAAAUAAAUGAAUGAUGCGCUUUCUUGGAGGUUGUCAAAUGCAUAAUUAUCGUUAUCAUCAUCAAGAGCAUAAAAAGUUUGUCAAAUUUGAAGGUCUUUUGGAUUGGUAAUUGUAAUUAUUGUUUCCUUUGGGCUUGAGGUGUUUUUGUCUAUUUAGUUCAUCUUCUUCACUAUAUUUGCUCUUGGGGAAAAUUUGGCUGGAAGAGUACCCUUUUGUAAGGAUUGGGUUUUAGAGGAAGAACAUAGUUUGCUUCCAAUGGCGUCAAAUGCAGAGCCAUUGCUAAAGAAGGUAUACUACGAAAAUUGCCCGGGUUGUAAGGUGGAUCAGCGUAAAGAGACGAGUCGAGGCGUACCUUACAGAGAGUUUUUCUUUGUAUGGAUUGUGGUUCUCUGCAAUGCUUUGCCGAUAGCAUCGCUCUUUCCAUUCUUGUACUUCAUGAUAAGAGACUUCAAUAUUGCUAAAAGGCCGGAAGAUAUUAGUUAUUAUGCAGGUUAUGUGGGAUCUGCAUUUAUGCUUGGAAGAGCUUUGACUUCUGUUUUCUGGGGAAUCAUUGCUGAUCGAUAUGGUAGAAAACCUGUAAUAAUGAUAGGCACCAUUACACUGGUCAUUUUCAACACUCUCUUCGGCCUCAGUACAAGCUUUUGGAUGGCUCUUUCUAUGAGGUUUCUUCUUGGAAGCUUCAAUGGUCUUCUUGGUCCAUUAAAGGCAUAUGCUUCUGAAGUAUGCCGGGAAGAAUAUCAGCCUCUAGGACAAUCUCUUGUUAGCACAGCAUGGGGCAUAGGAUUAAUCAUUGGUCCAUCUCUUGGAGGCUUCCUGGCUCAGCCUGCAGAGAAAUAUCCAAAUAUUUUUCCUGAAAAAUCUAUCUUUGGGAGGUUUCCAUACUUUUUACCUUGCCUUAUCACAUCAAUCUUCGCAGUGGGUGUUUUUGUUGUUUGCUUUUGGCUUCCGGAAACAUUGCACACGCAUAAGGGAAACGAUGAAGAACAACAUGACUCAUAUGAUGCUCUGAAGGCUCCGUUAGAUGUGUCGCAUGCCGAAAAAGUGACAGAAGAAAUUCAGGGAGGCAGAACACCUAAGAAAAGUCUCUUAAAGAAUUGGCCACUAAUGUCAGCUAUUAUUGUAUAUUGUGUUUUUUCACUUCAUGAUAUGGCCUAUUCAGAGAUCUUUUCUUUAUGGGCUGUGAGUCCAAGAAAGCUUGGGGGAUUGAGUUAUUCAACUGAUGAUGUUGGUGAAAUUCUUUCGAUCUCAGGCUUUGGGCUUCUUGUCUUUCAACUAUCCCUAUAUCCAUUGGUUGUGAAGGCCUUCGGUAUUAUAAAUGUAUGUCGUGUUGCAGCGGUCUUAUCCAUAUUUGUGCUGUCAAGUUACCCCUUUAUAGCAGUGCUAUCUGGGUUCAGCCUUGCUCUGUUGAUAAAUGCUGCAUCUGUAUUGAAGAACGUCCUCUCUAUUACCAUUGUCACGGGAACAUUCAUUCUACAGAAUAAUGCAGUGGAUCAACACCAAAGAGGUGCUGCAAAUGGCAUCUCUAUGACGGCUAUGUCUUUUUUCAAAGCAGUUGGUCCUGCUGGAGGAGGCACUCUGUUGUCUUGGGCACAAAAACGACAGGAUGCUUCCUUCCUCCCAGGUGCUCAGAUGGUUUUCUUCAUACUAAAUGUGGUUGAGGGGAUUGGCUUUCUAAUGACAUUCAAACCAUUUCUUGCUCUACCAACCACUAGACUACAAUGAAGGCAAGCGUAUCUCAGGCUGAGAGGAUGAUGAUGAAACCAUCAAGGUAAAUCAUCCUAGGUGCAUAGUCAAAGGCAUUCUUCAUUUUGCCCCUGCCACAAAUGACCAAAAGUCUAUGUGGAUAUUGAUAUAUCACUCAUGCCUCUGUUUCAAGACAGAGAUUAUAGAUAGAAAUGGUUCGAAUAAAAUCAUGAGAAUAUGUUGUACACCCCCAAUCCAUUCAAUGUUAGUUGAAAUAACUGAAUUUUGGGGUUGUCCAGUCAAUGGAAUUCAUAACUGUCAUUGUCGGGAUGGAUUAGAAAUCUGCUGUCAUUAUUAUUUGACAGAUGGUAUGCUUAAUUGGCCACAGUUAUUAUCAAAAAACAAGAGGGACAAAGCCAUCUAGUUUUGUCUGCUUACAAGUACAAGUAUUCUGUAUUUAUAUGUGAUUAGCGACAUUUGAUGUUAUUAUCUAUUCAAAAACCAUUUAAUAGUUACACAAAUGGCUUUA